AUGUUGACUGCGGAAAAUCAUUCUACGAUCACCGAACAGCAAAUCCAAUCGUCGCCAAAAACUCAGUUUUCCAUUUGGCAAACAUUUAAACAACAUGUUCCACGUUUCAUCUUCACUAAGCAAAUCAAGCCUGUCUAUGCGCUCCUAGCUGCAAGUAGUCCACCAUUAUUCAUGGUGAUCUUCAAAGCUUUGUGGUUUUGGACAUUUGACGCGCUUGGUUUUCUUGUCUUCCUGUCAUUCGCAUUGUCAGCUGUAGUAGCUGUUAUUACACGUAAUCCGAUUAUAUUGUUAUUAGAAAAAUCGCUGGUCACCGGUAUUUUAUCGAUCAUUUUCGCUGUAACGUUAGUUCCAUUGAACUGUUGCCAUCAUCGGUGUCGUUUGCGGCCAAUUGGUUACUAUUUUUAUCAAGAUUUGGUUCCAACGACUCGAGCAGAAGUCGGUCUACCUCAGGAUGUUUUUAAUGGUGAUUUAGAUCAGAAUAGUGAUCAAUACGAGCACUUGAAAGAAGAAAAUUCUGUGUCGAAACUAUCCGAAAAGGAAGAGGUGACAAAAGUCUACGAAUGGAUCUACAAAAAUUGUCCAUCAUUUCGUUUAGCUUGUCAUACAUUGACAAGUAUCUGGGCGAUUGGAUUCUUCUUUGAAUUCAUCGCGAGAUUAACACUUAUUCUUCUCCAUUUACCUGUUAACAUGAUCUUCAUUUAUGCACAUAUUAUACUUAGUUCAAUUACAGUUUUAUGUAUUAUCUUAUCAGUUAUUUGUAUCACUAUAGAACGUAAGCAUACACUAUUGUUUAUUGAACGAUGGAAUGAUUGUCGACAGCUGCGAAGGACUGGUGUGGAUAAUAAUUCGUUCGCUGUUAUUAUUGAACGAAAUUUGAAUUCUGUUACACAUAGUCUUGAUGCGUAA